GAUUGUGGGUAAUAUGGAGAUGGAUGACAAUCAUGGUGGAAAUGAUAACAACUCUGGUCAAACUCAACCAUCUGGUUCCAAAGGACAUAGCAGCAAAGAAGCUGACUCUGCCCCUAUGGACUCCAAGUUUGAUAUCCAUAAUGCACCAGACCCUGGAAAAUCAGAUGGAAAUGUUGUGGCCUUUCAACUUGCCCAGACAAUGUCCCAUCAGGCUGGUGAAGAACAGCUUAAGGCAUCCAAACCCCCUGAUGUUCUCAACCUUGAUCCAAACCACUCAACCAGUGAUCAUAUUCCUCAAAUGGAUGACCCUCCUGAUGGUCUUAACAUUGGUUUAUAUCCCUCAACUACUGCCCUUACCCCGCAAAUUAACAAAAACAUGGCAUUUGAGUUUGCCAACAGUCUAAUUGAAACUGCCCUUGAUACAUAUCAGCCCCCCAUUGAGGAUUUUCUAGAAGUUGGUAUAAAGCCAGGCGGAUCUUCAAAAAGUCCUGCUCCAGCUCUACUUGACCUUAGUGGCCUUGACCCAUUUAAUAGUGAACCCAUUGAGGAAAAGGCUGACCCAAGUACCAUUGAUCGAUUUACUAGUGCGCCUGGUGGGGAAAAGGGUGACCCAAGUAGCCUUGAUCCAUUUACUAGUGCGCCUGGUGGGGAAAAAGCUGACUCAAGUACCUUUGAUCCAUUUAGUAGUGCCCCUGAUGAGAAAAAGGCUGACUCUAGUACCUUUGAUCCAUCCAGUAGUGCCCCUGUUGAGAAAAACGCUGACCUGGGUACUCUUGGUCCAUUUAGUAGUGCCCCUGAAAAGAAAAA